GGCCAGACAUUUCACAUUCAUUUGGUAUCCAAGAAGCCCUCGAGAUGUACAAAGUUGCCUGUGUAGUUUUUGCCCUGUUCGCAGUCGGCUCGGCGGUGCCCUCCACCUUUGAUACCGAGCACGUGUGGAAGGCAGGAAACCUGUCGUACCCCUUCCCUGGUGACGCCAUUCUGGGAGGAUUCGAUCCUUACGGUUACAACAUCUAUAUUGGCCGCGUCAAGUACAGCAACACGAUCCUGCCAGCCCGCGUAGUCGCGGAGACGGGGGUCGCCUACUUCAACAACCAGCUGACGUCCAGCAAAGCAACAACAUACGAUCUCCUGGUGGCCCAGCGUAACGUUAAAUACCUUUGGGUCCGCAGCUUCGACGGCUUAUACGAGAGGUACUCCGUUUCCGUGGGCACAUCGAAUUUAAACGAACGCGUGUUCAUGUGCCGCGCCAAGACCGACGGUGGCCUGCUCAUCGGCAGCCUCUUCCUUAGCGAGAAGCUGUGCAUCAUCAAGCACGAGACCCUGGCACUGCGGAAAUUCGACAAAUACGAGAUCCUUGUGGCCCAGCCCACGAAUGGAACCAUCUAUUAGUCAGCGCAAAUCUACAUAAAUAUCAUGAGGAUCUCUACGUGAGAGCUUUCUUUCUUUUCUUUUCUUUUCUUUUCUUUUAAAGUCGGAAUAGUUAAAUAAUUAUGUAAAUCGAUAAUUUAUUUGAAACAUGUUUUACUCCAGACAUAUUCCAGACAUUGAGAAACAUAUGCUGAUUCCAAAGAAAGUAUAUUUAAACAAACAGAAA